UCGACAUGAUCGGCGGACUGUUCGUGUACAACCACAAGGGCGAGGUCCUGAUAUCCCGCGUGUAUCGCGACGACAUCGGCCGUAAUGCGGUGGACGCGUUCCGGGUGAACGUUAUCCACGCCCGGCAGCAGGUCCGCUCGCCGGUGACCAACAUUGCCCGUACGAGCUUUUUCCAUAUCAAGCGGGCAAACAUCUGGCUGGCGGCCGUAACGAAGCAAAAUGUGAACGCCGCCAUGGUGUUCGAGUUUCUGCUGAAGAUCAUCGACGUGAUGCAGUCGUACUUCGGCAAGAUUUCCGAGGAGAACAUCAAGAACAACUUUGUGCUGAUAUACGAGCUGCUGGAUGAAAUACUCGACUUUGGUUAUCCGCAAAACUCGGAUACGGGCGUGCUGAAGACGUUCAUCACGCAGCAGGGCAUCAAGACGGCGACGAAGGAAGAGCAGGCUCAAAUCACGUCGCAGGUAACGGGCCAGAUCGGUUGGCGCCGCGAGGGCAUCAAGUACCGCCGCAACGAGCUGUUCCUCGAUGUGCUCGAGUACGUGAACCUGCUGAUGAGCCCGCAGGGCCAGGUGCUGUCGGCGCACGUUGCCGGUAAGGUCGUGAUGAAGUCGUACCUCUCCGGCAUGCCGGAAUGCAAGUUCGGCAUCAACGACAAGAUCGUGAUGGAAGCGAAGGGUCGCAGUGGCAUUUCGGGCAAUGCAGACAACGAGGCGUCGCGGUCGGGCAAACCGGUGGUCGUCAUUGAUGACUGCCAGUUUCAUCAGUGCGUGAAGUUGAGCAAGUUCGAGACGGAGCACUCGAUCAGCUUCAUUCCACCGGACGGUGAGUUCGAGUUGAUGCGUUACCGCACCACCAAGGACAUCUCGUUGCCAUUCCGCGUGAUACCGCUGGUGCGGGAGGUUGGUCGGACCAAGAUGGAGGUGAAGGUGGUGCUGAAGUCGAACUUCAAGCCGUCGCUGCUCGGGCAGAAGAUUGAGGUGAAAAUUCCCACCCCCCUCAACACGUCCGGUGUGCAGCUGAUCUGUCUGAAGGGAAAAGCCAAGUACAAGGCUUCCGAGAAUGCAAUCGUCUGGAAAAUUAAACGUAUGGCUGGUAUGAAGGAAACGCAACUGUCGGCCGAAAUCGAACUGCUCGAAACGGAUACCAAAAAGAAAUGGACUCGACCACCGAUCUCGAUGAACUUUGAGGUCCCAUUCGCGCCAUCCGGAUUCAAGGUCCGCUACUUAAAAGUAUUCGAGCCGAAACUGAACUACUCCGACCACGAUGUGAUCAAAUGGGUGCGAUACAUUGGCCGCAGCGGGCUGUACGAGACGCGAUGCUAAGCGGGCGCUUGAUGCGUACGAUUCGGUGGUGUUUACUGCCCUGGAACUUCUUCUAUGCUCCUCAGUUAAAGCAAAACUAACGUUCAGCAGAGUUUACAAAUUAGCACUAGAGCUGCAGGCGCGAACACUUUAGUUGUCGAGUAUUAUGUUGUGGUUUCGACGUAUUGCUUCACUCUCUGAGCGCCUUUUUUUUUUUGUUCGAUACUCUCUAUCUGUUUAUUUGUAUGGCUUUUCUUUUAGGGAAUAUAUAGCAAAUGAAGAAGCGUUAGUUGGUUCUUUUAGUGAAAAAAGGUCUGUUUUUUUGAUUUCAUAAGGUGCACCCUUUCUAUGGUGCACGUUUCUUCUGCAGUAUAUGAGAGCAAAAGCGGUAGUGUUCGUUAGGAGAUGAUGUGAUCCGAGUCAUAGCCACUCGGUCACCUGGCAGCAAUGGUUAUUCCUAUGACUAAUCGUAUGCUAAUAACGCGAGCCAGCAGAAAACGAAAGUAGUAUGUUAUCCAUGUUAUUAUCGAAACAAACAAACAAACAAUGUGCAUAAUCGACGCGUUCGCGUGAGUUUAGGUUCCAUAGAUGAUCCUAUCGUAAAAAAAUAUACAUAGCAUAUAAAUCUUACUAAGAAACAAGCUUGCUCUAGCUGAGAAGUAGCUUAGUAAACGUGCAUAUAUGGAAGCAGGAAUGUUAGUAGAAAAAAACCCGUCAACUCCUUUCCUUCCGCUUAAGAUCACCGCGCGCGAUACAACGUGCUGAACAAACGCGACGCAAUGGCGUGCAUAAUUGCGGACGAAUCUCUAGACGGUAGAACGCACGCGAGAGGACUGGCACUGGCUAGCUAGUAGCAAGUUGAGACGAAAAAAAGUGCAUAAACAUACACAGACGCGGAUGCGCGUGGACCUCAGCGUGCCAGCGAACGCAUCGCAAACGGCGGGAGUAUUAUUGGUCCGUACCGAAAUUAUUGCUUCUGUAUAUAUGUAACCUCGUAUCGCCAUCCAUUCCAAACGCCGUUAGGACAUAUGUUUUUUUUUGUUUUUUUUUUCGGUUCAAUUCAGAGCAUUCAAUGUAUUGUUUUGGUGGAACAUGUCCCUGAAGAGCAUGAUGCUACAUAUAGAGGUACGAAUUAGAUUGAUUAACGCGUUUCACUGCGUUUGGAAUAGGUAGGAUCGUUUACUCGUUUGCUGGUUAAGCAGUUCGCUGAAUAGAAAGGCUACAUAUUACACCCUAUAAGUUCACCGGUAACAUACCCGUUUACAGACGGAUGCAAUGAAAUUAAACUUGAAACUAUGAAUUUUAAAUAAGCCGGUAAAGAGAAAUGCAAAAGUAAAUAGUUCAAAAGAUCUUUAGUCUAAUACGAGAGUGAACAUCCUACAAGCAUUUCCAGCUACGCAAUGAACAUGCGUUUCGAUGCAGUCAAGUGAGCUAUCGUUCGUUAGGUUGAUCCAGCUUUCGUAGCAAUGCAUAUUUUCUAUUCUUUCGGCCCAAGAUGCUUCUAAACGUUUUCUCGCCCACUUCACAUUGACAAAACGUUGAUUCCCGCUAUUGGAUUAAAGGCAUGAAAACACGCUCAUCAACACUAUACUAUAGCAAAGAGCAGAGCAAAUCAAGCGAAGGGUUGAAUAAGAGCAUAAUACUGUCAUGAAUAUAAUAUUAUUGCGUAAACUAUUAAGACGAUAAACUUAGUUGUUGAAAACAAAAGGAAGUAAAAUCGAUGAAAAUGAAA